ACACAGAUCUGAGAUGUGGGUUAUUUAGUUAAGUUGUCAAUCGGAUCAAAUCAGUCAAUCAACGAAAUUUCAGCCAAUUGCAGUCACAAAAACAAAAGAAAGAAGAAGAAGAAGGGUUAACAUUUUGGUUGAAAUAUGUCAUCUUCUUCUCUCCCUACUACCUUCUCGCAACUUUCUCCUUCUCUUCCUUCUCCUCCUCUCGACCAGCUCUGCUACGUGCAUUGCAACAUUUGCGACACCGUUUUGGGGGUGAGUGUGCCUCCGGCUAGUUUGUUCAAAACAGUCACCGUCCGAUGUGGUCACUGCACCAACCUGCUACCGGUGAACAUGCCACCGCUCCUCCCUUCUACAGAUCAAUUUCACGGCUUUGCUCGCUCGCCUGCUUUCUUCCCUCUCAACACUCACAAUUUUCUGGAAGAAAUCUCAAAUCCAAAUCCAAAUCCAAAUCUUGUGAUGAACCAAACAGAUGGAAAUGAUUUGACAAUGGCCACUCGUGUAGCUAACGAUAUUCCAAGGCAACCCCCAACCAUAAAUAGACCUCCAGAAAAGAGACAGAGAGUACCCUCUGCUUACAACCGAUUCAUCAAGGACGAGAUCCAACGAAUCAAGACUGUGAAUCCAGACAUCUCCCACAGAGAAGCUUUCAGUGCUGCUGCUAAGAAUUGGGCCCACUUCCCUCAUAUUAACUUUGGUGUUCCUCCUCACCGCACUGCCAAGAAGACAAACAUGCUUCACCAGGAAGGAGAUGAUGUGACGUUGAAAGACGAUCGGUUUUUGGGUUCAACUAACAUGGGAGUUUCCCCUUGUUAAUUAAGAUCAAAUCUUUUUUUUUUUUUUUGUCUUUUUUUGGGCAAGAAGAAAGGGAAAUCUUCAAGUUCAAAGGCUUCUUUUGAAAAUUCCUCUCUUCACAACCCAUCUCUAAAGUUUCUAAGCUAUUUUGUAUUAUUAAUUGUGUUGAAGCCUACUCUAUCAAGUAAUCUCUAUUUUCUUUUUUCCUUUUUUUAACUUUUUAAUGCUUAAUUAUUCUGUAAAAGAAACA